UGUCUAGUCGAGAUGCGUCUGAACACCACGCACGUGCACUCGUCACGCAUCACGAACUCAAAACCCAGAUAUAGAUAGUCGCUUAGUUUGUGUGCAGACCCCGUGCAACUCGCACGCACGGUGAUACAGCAUUUUCCCGCGGAUUCGUGACUAUGAAAAAUUAUAUUGGUGACAUACAUGCACCGGGACUAGCGAUUGUGCAAACGGUGGCAGAUAUAUCAGAAGAUUCUCUGGAGUAAUUGAUUCGGACAACGAGCCUAGCGCGGAUGUGUCUGCAGAGAAGUUCAGGCAGCUGAGGGCCCCUGCGCCCUAAUGGCUAUAGUACGGGUACGCGCCCUGAUGGUUACGGCGGCGCUAGCCGCGCUAGCCUCAGCUAAUGCGGCACGUUUUGGUGACCGCCUCGCCCCGCGUGUACCCGCCGCUUAUGCACCGCGCAAUGCACCGUCGGCACAACAUUAUACUGACGCGGAAUACGAAGAAACUUACGACCAAGAAUACGAUGAACAAAGUCUUUCUGUUGAAGAAGAAGAACUACAACCUGAGACAGAAUUGCCUCUACGUCGCCCUGCGCGUACUGAAGCGCAUCGGCUAGAAAUGAGUACCGAAUACUUCAUGAUCCCAGAGCGAACUUCUUCAUCACUCCCUCCACCUACACCCUCAAAAGCUAUUACACUAUCACCACCACCAGAACAGUCGAACAAUACCCUAGUGACAGCAUUAUCCCCACCUACGCUGGGUAUAUUACGAUUGGAAUCUUGGGCUGUGCCAAUAUUAGCUCUAGCUUGUGUGACUAUGGCUACACUAGGUGGCUUCGAAGCUUUCGUUGUAUGGGGAGCCAGCCGCAAAGCUCCAAGUCAACGCCACCUAUUACUGGGCCAGACACUGUUGUUUGGGCUAUUUUCAUGUGCAGCUACAGCAGCUCUUUAUACGAUUACACCUACAAUAUUUACCUGUGGAGCCGUACGUUUCGGUACUGGAGUCGCAUACGUCAUUGUGUUCGCAUCACUCCUCGUCAAAUGUGUAUUUUUAUUAAGCUUAAACGGUGGAGUGUAUUUACCAGCCGCGUACCAAGGACUUCUUUUAUUUUUUGCAGUUAUGAUACAAGUAGCAAUAGGUGCACAAUGGCUCGGUGGCUCACCUCCCCGAGUAGCAUCCAGUGGGAUCCGAUGUGACGCCCCGUUAUCUGAUCUCUUAUUAUCGUUGUCCUAUGCAGCAUUUCUAAUAGCGGUAGUGUGCGGUGUAGCCCUCAGGUCACGGAGUAUCCGAGAUAACUAUCGUGAAGCAACACAUAUAGCAGGAGCAGGUGGAGCGACAGCAGCCGUGUGGGUUUGCUGGGUCGCAGCAGCACUUGGAGCACCCGAGCGUCAUAGAGACGCAUGUGUGGCAGCUGGUUUACUAGCAACAUGUGCAGUAGUUUUCGCAUUAAUGUUUGCGCCGAAAGGCCGUCGACUAGCGGCGUUGGGUCGCGAAGGCCGAUGGGACGCGGACCGUGAUGAAGGGCUCAGCUCGUUGGGUGCCGGUGGCUCCGGCUAUUCCCCAUCAUUCUUCCACUUCAAGCCAGUGAAGUAUGGUAUGGUGUCUGCCGCAGCACCCGCGCCUGCUCCGCCGCCUGUAUUAGACCGCAAGGAUCCGCCCGCUCAGCCAGCCGAUCCAUACGGAGCGAUGUUCGCGGGUUCAACGCACCUACACUCACGCCCUCUGUGCUCUCCACCGCACUAUCCUCUGCACCCUUUAAUGCACUACCAGUACAAUUAUUCGCCAUAUCAUUACCUAUUUCCAUCAGGCGUGAUGGUGCGACCGGAGGAGGGCAAUGUGUACACGAGCGUCGAGCCCACCUUCAGCAGCAACCCAAACGUUUAUUUCCAACGUACGGAACCGUUGCACGUCGGCAUGAUGUACUGAGCCUCUGACAAACCAGCGUUCCGACGCGAACAGUGGAAUUUGGCAGCGCAGCAUUGGCGCAAGCGAUCUACAAACAUCGCACACAAAACAUGUGCGAAGUCUGCACACCGCCUCAUACAAGGCCAUACAGCCGUAACGACACGAAAAAGUUUUCUGCUGCCGCCUAAAGUGUUCUAAACUAAGCAUGUAAAUUACCAAGACCCUUUAAAAAUUGUGUAAUAUUAUAAGUGCGACAAUUUUGCGAGACUCGUUUAUCUUUCUAGUCACUUCCAAUUUGUAUACAAUUACACAUACUUUAAUUUUUAUUAUAAAAACAAAUCGAUAGGCCAAUACUUUAUACAGCAGCAGUAAAUAUGAAAGUGACUGCAGUUACACAGAACAGACUUUAUAAAAUGAUAAUGUGAAGAUAAAAGCUGUUUGUGAUCUUACAAUAAACAUAACCCACCCUUAUAAUAUCGAUCAGCAGCUAUCAGUAUAAUUACUCGGUAGAUAUAAUUAAGGACCAUUUAUUUGUAAGUCUCACUUUAAAUGUAAAUAAAACUAAAGACUGUUUAA